UAUCAAGUAUUAGAUUUUUGAACGUUGCACGAGAAAGUGUUAUUUGUUCAACAGCAAGUAAUUAAAUAAUCAAAGUUAAUACAAACGAGCUUCACCAUGGAAAAUUCACACUUCAGCGACACAUGGCAUGAGAUUGCUUACGCUACUCCAGAUGAGCAAUUUGUGGCGCACGGUGUGGAAAAUCUUUUCGGAACAUUUCGCAGGGAGACAAACGGCAUUCCUGACGAUCCAAGAGACUGGACACCGGAAAAUGUAUGCCAGUGGUUAUCUUGGGCUGAGUCCAAGUUCAACCUUGGCAUUCAACUGUCAAGCUUUCUUGACAGCUAUGGUUUCGUUUAUGAUGGGCGAGCAUUGUGUCGCCUUACGAAGAGAAAUCUUUGCUUGAGUACAUCAGUAGCUAUUGGAGAAAUUUUGUGGCAAUCCCUGCAGAGAAUCUGCAGAGAAUACAAUCAAAAACAAGAAUUCAUGAAAAUGAAGUUCCAGUCAUUACCGAGCAUGUCCGAAAUAAUAGUGGAUAAUGCAGCAUUAGUUGGCAAUGUGGAACCAUCUUCCAACACCCUGCAGGAUCUGCCAGGUGAUGCCGAUGACUUUCUGGCCAAGCUGACCAGUGCACCAUCUCCAGUGCAUUCAGAAUUCUCAGACUAUGGAAGUAUGCCUCGUUCACCUGCCAGUGUAUCUGAUUUGGAGACCCAUUCCCCAGUCAACUCUCCUCCACCACAACCCCCAACUCCUGAUUGUCUACCAGUCAAAUCUUCAACUGGUCGCACACCAGGGCGUAAACGAGGGCCAAAGCCAACAAUAAGAUACUCUGGUAAUGGACCAAUUCAACUGUGGCAGUUCCUAUUAGAGCUCCUCCUGGAUGACAAUCAUCAGACUGAUGUAGAAUGGACACAUCAGGACAAAUUCGAAUUCAAACUUCUUGAUCCUGAGAAUGUUGCAAAGUUAUGGGGGAAAAAGAAAAAUAAGCCCAAAAUGAACUAUGAGAAGUUAAGUCGUGGUCUUCGGUAUUACUAUGACAAGAAUAUCAUCUCAAAAGUUCAUGGCAAACGCUAUGUUUACCGCUUCCUAUGUGAUAUUGAGAAAGUCCUUGGUUAUGAUCCAACUGAGUUCAUUGGACAGAGAGAAGAGACGAAAGCAGUGGAAAUUAAGUCAGAGGACAUAAAAACGGAAGAGACAACAUCCAUUUCCUCACCAUACACCGAAUCAAGUUCAGAUCCAGAAUUAUCCAUUCCUCCCAGCCCGCUAGAUUCAGUGAUCUCUAAUGAUGAUGUUCUUAGCGAUGAUCUUAGAACCAUUGGUUUUGAUGAUCUCGUCUUUGAUGAUAUCACUGUUCCUGAUGACAUCAUUGCUCCAGAUGAUGUAUUUGAUAAUCUUUACAUGUUUUAAAGAUUGUUUUGUUUGUUCAGACCCUGAUGGUAGUUAAACCAUCCAAUGUGUUACUGCUUUAUGGUAGUAACUUUUAGUAGCUUGUAUCAAGCAUUGUAGUUUUAAAUAUUCUGUGAAUAUCUUUUAUGUCGAAUAUUUCGAUAAGUAGGUGUUGGACUUUAGUGCCUUUGGCCUAGAGGUGUACAUAGUAUUGAUGACAUUUUACAAGUGCUGCUGUACAUUUGCAGUGGUACUUACCUUUUGAGAUUUUCUUGUCAAAUAAUAAGCAACAAAAAGUAUUGCUCAUAUAUUCGAGAUAAGUUGCAUAUAAGAUACAUUCUUUUAGCAGUUGAACCAUAUGUGGUUGCAAGAAAUCUAAAAGAAAUGAUUUAUUAAUAUUAACUAAGGUUUACUAAAUUUUAUGAAUAUAUGAAUUAUUAUUUGACUUUCAGUAUAUUAAAGUAAGCGUAAGAUAAAUUUAAGAAGCUUUUUAUGUAUUAAAUCCGAUGUAUUCCUUUUGUUAUAGCAAAUGGUUUUGUUUAAUAUAUGAAAAGUUUGUAAAGUUGAAUAUAUGUGGGACAUUUGUUCAGUAUGCUGUUUACUGAUUAUUGUAGUGCAUAUUUGCACAAUAGAUUUAAAGUGUUGAAGAGGUAUUAUCUUCCCACUUAUGUAAUUUUAAAUUAAUAAAACAUGACAAAAUGUUUA